AUGUCAUUUCAGACAUUAAGUGCAAUUGCGUUGGCGUACGGAUGUGAGCAUCUACUUUCGUACCUGGGCUAUGAUCUCUUCUUCAUGAUCGCUGCUGCGUUUCCGUUCACCGGUUCGUGCUAA